AUGAUUGCCGACCAUGAGUACGAUUUUGUUAUCCUUGGAACAGGAUUGGUAGAGUGUGCGGUUGGAUGCAUUUUAGCUGGAAGAAACAAAAAGGUUAUUCUGAUAGACAGAAAUCCGAUGUACGGAUCGGACUUUGCAACAUUAAGAUAUACGGAGUUGGAGGCAUAUUUUGGAAACUCGAAUCCCAUUCCCGAGCUGAAGGCAUAUGAUUCUGAGUUCUCAAUAGAUUUGACACCAAAGCUAUUUCUUGCUGACAGCAAAAUGUUAAAGAUGCUAGUUAGAUAUGGAAUCGACGAGUACCUAGAGUUCUGUAGAAUUCCUGGAUCUUUUCUUUGGAAGAAGAAGCUAUAUUCUGUUCCAACAAAUGAAGCUCAAUCCAUGACAACUGGGCUAAUAGGGAUAUGGCAGAAGCCCAAGGUCAUGAGAUUCUUCUGGAAUGUCCGAGACUAUGCAAGAGCAGCGAUGAAAGGAAAGCCGUACAAGUUCAAGGGUACUAUGAGAGAAGAGUUCAGGGAGUAUGGGAUUACUGAGGAGUCCAUGGAGCUUAUAGGCCAUGGAAUAGCUCUAAACCUCGACGACUCGUACUUGGACAAACACCCACAGGAAACGUUUGAUAAGAUUGUAACGUAUGUAAGGUCUAUCAUAUGCUAUGAAAAUUCGAUGGAGUCUCCCUAUUUAUAUCCAAGGUAUGGGCUUUCUGAGAUUGCACAGGGAUUUGCUCGAAGUUGCUGCACUAAGGGAGGAGAGAUAAUGAUAAAUGCAGAGGUACUCGAAGUUGAUGAGGGGGCCAUGGAGAUCCUUGUCCAAGAGCCUGUUAACAAAGAGGUUUUGAAAAUAAAAGCUGGGAAGAUAAUUUCUGACCAGUCUUAUUUCCAGAAGAGUGUGGUUUUGUAUGAGAUUAUAAGGGGAAUAUGUGUGAUACGGGGAGACGCUACCUGUGUAACAAAAGGAGCGUCUUCAGCGCAGAUAAUUUUCCUGAAAGGUGAGUUGAAAAGGAAGAACGAUAUUUUUGUUGUCAUACUGGGGUCUGAGGAGAAGUCUACGCCCGAGGGGUACAAGGUGGCGAUUAUAAGCACUGUGAAGGAGACCAACGAUCCUGAGGGAGAGAUAAGGGUUGUUCUUGAGAAGCUAGGUGAUAUUGUCAGGUACUUUGUUGAUGUAAAGCCUGUAUACCGAGCAGAGGAUACAGAGAAUAUAAUUUUUACAAAAGGAGUGGAUGAGUCUCCCCACUUUGAGAAUGUCUACGAAGAGAUAGAAAGAAUUUGCAAAAAGCUAAGCAUUCAUGACUAA